AACUCGGAACCGUUUACGUGUCUUCUGUCACAACAUACAAGAUGGCGGACAACAACGCUAACGUUGCUACUAGUAGAAAUCGUUGGUCCGAACAGGAGGAAACUGUAAUAGCCCAGGAAAUAAUUAAAAACUAUGAUGUCCUGUUCGGCCCAAUGACCGGUUGUGGCGCACUCAAAAUUGGAGAGGUUCGAAGGAGAGGCUGGGAAGCCGUGGCAAAUGUUCUAAACUGCCAAUUUUCCACCUAUAAGCGCGCAGGUUCAGAGGUGAAGAAAAAAUACUAUAACAUGAAAGACAAAACAAAGACAAAAAAUGAUGAGAUGAGGAGGCCAGGCACUGGAGGAGGGCCCCGGGUGAAAGAGUUCACCAUUCCGGAGGGGAUUCUCCUUCAGCAUUUUGGGGAUUCCGCCUCUGUGGCAGGGGUCCCCAAUGCAAUUGACACUGAUGCUCCAGAGGGUGCUUCAAUCAACAUAAUUGAACUGGGCAAGAUGCCAAUAGAUGGUAGCACUUGCAUGACGUUCAAGAUAGAUGAAAGAGGACUAGGAGCUCAGAAGACGUCAAGUGUAUUCCAACGUGCAGUGGAAGAUGAAGCUGGGCCAUGCUCAUCAGGGACCAAGACCAAUACCAAAUCAAUGAAAAUGGCCAACAAAAACCAGAGUAAAAGAGGUCACUAGGUCAAAGUCACAGUGACAGAAAUCGUAUUCACACAAUGGCUGCCACUACAAUGGACAGCCCAUAUGGGGGGCAUGCAUGUUUUACAAACAGCCCUUGUUAAUAUAAAUUUGUCAUUUUACUUGAGAAGAUGAAUGUUAUUCUUACUUAAAUAGAUGGAUGUUAUUCUUUUCAUUAUUUGUUUAAAUUGUAAAAACCUGUUGACUAAGUGUUGUCUUACAAUGUUACCAACAUGGUAUCCAUAUAUGUCAACAUUUUAUACAGUAAUAUAUGUCACUGCUGUUGCCAAUAUUCAAAUAGCUUACUAUCUAUAAGUGUAUUUGUUUGAAUUAUUGCUGGUAUCAGCCCAUCGUGUACCUUAUUAGACAAUUAUGUUUGUAAACUACCAUUUCUGUUGUUCUCUUGUUUAAUUAAAUAUAACUAUUUGCAGUAACAAUAAAUUGCUGUGGAUAUUUGUUAGUAAAAAUAUCUUGUUUGUACUGUAAUUGCAUUUUCUGUUAGUGAUUAUCUAGUACUACAUAUUUCACAGAUU